AUGGCCGCAACAAUGUCCACCGCGGUCAUGACUGAGCCACCAAGCUAUGUUAUGGUGACGGGUGCCACUGGUUUUAUUGGAGCUCACAUUGUUGAUGAGCUCCUUCGUCGUGGUCUCAGGGUCCGGGGAGCCACCCGGUCCCUCCGAAAAGGUGAGGCCAUGAUCAAGGCACGCCCACAGUAUGCAGACAAGUUGGACUUUGUUCAAAUUGAGGACUUCCAAAAUUCCAAUGUCUUCCACGGCAAGAUGGACGGCAUAGACGGUGUAGUUCAUGCAGCCAGCCCAUUCACGUAUGAUGUGCAGGAUAAUGACAAAGAGCUCAUUCAACCUGCCAAAAAUGGAGUUCGCUCAAUUAUGGCUGCAGCAGAGUCUCAUCCCAGUAUCAAGCGUGUCGUCAUCACCUCCUCUUUCGCCGCUGUCAUGAACGUCGACCGUAAAGCACCUCCAUACUUUGAGUAUACCGCAAAGGAUUGGAAUCCCCUAACUGAGGAAGAAGCUCGCGCUCCCGAGACAAGUCCUGUUGUUGCUUAUAGGGCCUCCAAAAAAUACGCUGAGCUUACCGCUUGGGAAUGGUUCACAGACGGUGUCGAUAAUGAAAGAAAAGUCAAGGGUUUUGAUGUCGUAACGCUUUGCCCGCCCAUGACAUUUGGCCCUAUAGUGCACCCGGUCAAUGGAGUUGAUAACCUCAACGAGUCGAACGCCAUGCUUUGGAAGAUUGCCAAGGGCGAGACACCACUUCCGGUUGCUAGGGUCCCUUUCUGGAUAGACGUUCGUGACCUCGCGGUUGCACACGUGGAGGCAUUUUUGAACCCGGAUGCAGGAGGCAAGCGAUACCUUCUUGGUGCUGACGAUCGCUUUUCUUAUGGGCUUGCGGCAAAGAUAAUGGCUGAUAACUUUGGCUGGGCCAAAGAAAAGGUCUCCCAAGAGGACCAGACGAUAGAUACUUCUCACGGAUUGGAGAACAAAGCUGCCGCUGAAGCAUUCCGUAUUAAGUACCGGACUUUUGAGGAAACAGUAAUCGACCUCAUAAGACAGGUGAAGGAAAUGGAGUUAAAAGAUGCAUAG